GUCACUUAGUCCUGUCCUUUCCUUUGCUGCUAUCCCUGAACUGAGCUCUCAACUCUCAAAAUUGGCAGGAUGUUAAGAUACCUCUUCCUCAUGAAGGCACUUCUUGUUCUUGGGUUCCUGGCAUUCUGGGUAACUGCAGGAGAGCACGAAUUAAGUGGUGGCUGUCCUGCUGACCCUCUUCCAUGUGAGAAACUGUGUGACGGCGACACGUCUUGCCCCCAGGGGCACAAGUGCUGCAGCACUGGCUGUGGCCGUGCCUGCCGAGGAGACAUUCCGGGAGGGCGGGAUGGUCAAUGCCCCCGAAUUCUGAUAGGCCUGUGUAUUGUCAACUGCAUGGUGGAUGAGAACUGUCAACCCGGGGAAAAGUGCUGCAAGUCAGGCUGUGGCCGCUUCUGUGCCCCUGCACUCCAGCUACCCAAACAGCUCACAGACUCCAACAGGGCCAAUGGGUCCAAUCCUGAACUAGAGGCUCGAGCACCCUAGCUGCCUUAAUUGGUCUGGAGUACCAGGAAGCUUCUGGGUGACAUCCUGGGGCUUGUGAAACCCCGAGGACUAUCAGGCCUUCUCCUUGUUUCUACUGCUGCACGGAGCACACAGAAAAACAGCCCCGGAAAUGGUGCUUCUCUUUCCCAAUAAAACGUUGGCAUGGA